GAGAUGACAGGAGAUGCGGAGACGGCCACCUACGUGCCACCUCCACUCCUCCUGGUUGCAGGAGAGUUCGUCUGUCCCACUCGGAACCUCCUGCCCGACCCGGGCGUCUACUUCGAGACAGAGACGGAAUCCAUGGAGUAUGAAGUGUGUGAGGCGAAGUGCAAGAACCAUGAUGACUGCAACUACUUCUGGCAUGGAACGCAGUCGUCUGCAACCACUUGUCGCCUCUACUCCGCCUGUGACAGCCUGGUGCGAGAGAUGGGCCUGGAGGGCGAACUCACUGCCUUGCCGCGGGCACCAGGAUGUGUGGUCGCCAGCCCAGCAGAGUGUUGGACCGUCUCCAUGAGAAGGAAGGCACUGACGGAUGUCGCUGCGGAGAGCUUCCGGUAUUGGAGCCUCCACGCGCAGUGC